AUGGACAUAAUCAAAUCAAAUAAUACAUUGAAUUCAAAAAGAUAAUUCUAAUAAAAAUCAACUAAUUAUUCUUAAGGUANUAUUUUAAAAUUGCAAAUAAGUGGGCAAACAAAAGAAAAAUAUCAUCUAGAAGAAAUAAUUGCAAUAGCCAUUUCAUAUAGGAAUUCUUUGGUAAGGGGAUUAAGAAAUAAAGAAAGAAAUAAAAGAGAUGUAAAAACAAUUUAUGAAGUGUCCAUAACUAGUAUAUAUUUAAUCAUAAAUCAAAGAAUAUUGUCAUAAUAAAGAGAGGAAAUAAUGAAAGAAUUUAAUUAUCAAAAUUUUGUAAAAUAGAUAUCCUAAUUGGAUUAGAUAUGAAGAUGAUAUAUACUAUUAUAUAUUUAAACAUGACUCAUAUAUCAAAUUAUUGGAGUAAUUUAUACAUCACUGAUCAUGUUAAUGAUGUAAAUAACUAUCUAUAUUAGUUAUAUAUUCAAUAUAAGUACAUAGAUUUUAAAACAAUUGGCUAAAGAAUUCAUAAUCAAUAUUAAGAUAAGACUAAUAAUAAGAUUAUGGGAUUUAUGAUCUAACUUAGUCAACAAUCAUAAUUUGAAUUAUCAAGAGUAUAAUAUUUAUGGUUCUAAUGA